CUCACUAUAAAAUUAACAAAUUUAGUAACACUAUGUCUGACAAACCCGGGUAUAGUCCCUCAAGUGGUAAGGACUCAAAGGGAAAUACAUCCGGUGGUGGGUCAGCUACCGGGACCUAUAAGUCCAACAACAACUAUGGCGUGAGUACCAAGGGGGUUAAUUUUGCUGGCCAUAAAGUGGAUAAUCGCAAGACAUCUUAUGAUGUCAUAUCCAGGAGUCGGUGUAAGAGGUGUCGUCUCAUUAAAUGCUAUGAAAUGGGAAUGAAAAAGACCAAUAGACAGAAACGGGAAUUGAAUGCAAAGUCUAUGAAUACCACUCGAGACUCGACCACAACAUCGAGUAGUAGUCUAUCGGAUGAGAGUAUGAGCUAUACUUCGCACACAAACACCACUUCACAGCACAUUCACUACACAGACAUCACAUCCCACACCAAACACACCAUUCAGUACACCAAUGGUUACCACAAACACAGCACAGAUCUGCAGACCAUAGUCUCCAAGCACCUCAUGACUGACAUCCAUAUACCUGAUGGACAGUCGUUUUCAGUCAUACCUAUCCAUCGACCGCUUAUGGACUACAGAAACCAAUUCAAUGAGUUAGAGGGC